AUGGACGCCUUCCGCGGACAGCUAGAACACAUUCCUAUCCCCACCACGUCAUUCCAAGGCCAGACCAUUAUCGUUACAGGGUCAAACACUGGUUUGGGCCUGGAAGCCGCCAGGCAUUUUGUGCGACUUGAUGCAGACAUUGUCAUUCUCGCGGUCAGGUCGUUAGAAAGAGGCGAAGCAGCGAAAGCCUCGAUUGAGGCUUCCACGAAGCGAAAGAACGUUGUGCAAGUAUGGCAACUGGAAAUGGAUAAGUAUGACUCAAUCAAGUCCUUUGCUUCAAGAUGCAAUACACUCGAAAGGCUCGAUGUCGUGGUGGAAAACGCCGGCAUUUUGAGGAAUACCUAUGAAGAGAGUGAGGGGAUUGAGAUCACCAUCAAAGUCAAUGUCAUCGGAACAUUUCUCCUGGCAUUGAAUCUGUUUCCAAUCCUUCGAAGGUCAUACGAAAAGACCAGGCGAGUACCAAGGCUUGUCAUUACUAGCUCUGCAGUUCAUUACAACGCGAAAUUUCGAGAAAGAUUUGGGCCUUCAAUCUUUGAUGCUUUGAACGAGAACAGACCAGAAUGGCUCAAUGAUCGAUACAAUGUAUCGAAGUUACUCGUGGUGAUGCUUGUGCGUUCAAUCGCUGCAGCAAUGAAAGACGGUCCCCAUAGCGCGCAGCCAAUUAUCUUGAAUAACGUGCACCCCGGGCUAUGCGAGUCGGAGCUGGACAAGGAUGUAAAGGGACUCCCUCGCUACCUUCUUUCCAUCGCCAAAACACUCGUUGCACGCAAGACGGAAGAAGGGUCGCGAACACUCGUACAUAGUGCUGCUGCUGGAGAUGAAACCCACGGAAAGUAUAUGAGUGAGUGCAGGGUUAGAGAACCGAGCACCUUUGUUAGAAGUAAGGAGGGUGCAGAGACCCAGGCACGUGUGCAUAGGGAACUAAUGGCUAUACUGGAGAACAUCCAACCUGGAAUUACAAACAACAUUUGA